GGGGCUUUACUAGGUUGAACGCUACUGCCAAGCUGCGAUUUUCAACAUGGCUGGUCAGGAAGAUCCAGUGCAAAGAGAGAUUCACCAGGAUUGGGCGAAUAGAGAAUACAUAGAAGUAAUUACAAGCAGCAUCAAAAAAAUCGCCGACUUUCUUAACUCGUUUGAUAUGUCCUGUCGAUCCCGCUUGGCCACCCUUAAUGAGAAGCUGACUGCGUUAGAAAGGAGGAUUGAAUAUAUUGAGGCGAGAGUGACCAAAGGAGAAACCUUGACCUAGAACUCAUCAUGAAGAUUCCCAGCCUUCGAGAGCUACCUGCCGAUCCCCCACCCUGAAUUUUUGGAAAAAAUUGCAGUGGAUUCCACCCUCCUUUUUUGGGACCAUGUGGAUCAUUUUUUAUAUUAAAUGAGUUUUGUGUUUUUUCUCAUGACAUAUUUGUAUAGAAGAUAUGGGUCAGUCUCGGGUGUCAGAGACUCAAGCAUGAUCAAUGUUACAAAACAAAAAUAACUUCCAUAUGUAUUGGUUUUAAAACAUAUUGUGAAGCUCAAUUAUGGAUCUGGUAUCAGAAUAACAUGUUGACCAUCUGUGUUGUAUACAGUGUCAUUACCACAUCAGAGAUUUAUGAAAGGGGAACAUUCUUGUGUGCCAAGUUGAACAAGUAAUUCUGUAGUCAUCUUUGCUAAGGACCUGCUUGUACAGUGAACUGUUUGGUGAUGUUUCAGGAUUUAAAUACUGUAAUAAAUGAUAAACAAUGGA